CAGGGACACCGCGGACUAUCACCUCCAACAUGGACGCGCUCAGAGUGCUUCUCCCGCUGGCCACGCUGCUGUGCGCAUUCAGAGUUUCGGAGCAGGGCCCAGAACAGCGGCGCCUCUACAGGGACCUGAUGAGUGACUACAACCCCCUAGAGCGGCCGGUGAAGAACGACUCCGAGACCCUCAUGGUGCAGUUUGGACUGACCCUCAUGCAGAUCAUGGACGUGGAUGAGAAGAACCAGGUCCUAACCACCAACGUCUGGCUGCAGAUGACAUGGACUGACUAUUCCCUGCAGUGGGACCCAGCAGACUACCCAGGGGUCCGCAACGUCAGGUUCCCCAACCAUCAGAUCUGGAAACCUGACAUCCUGCUCUACAACAGUGCGGACGAGCGCUUCGACGCCACGUUUCAAACCAACAUCCUGGUCCAGCAUACAGGCGAAUGCUCCUACUUACCCCCAGGGAUCUUCAAGAGCACGUGUAAGAUCGACGUGCGCUGGUUCCCCUUCGACGAGCAGAGGUGCGAGCUCAAGUUCGGCUCCUGGACCUACGACGGCUGGGCCCUGGACCUCAAGAUGUUAGACGCCGACCUGUCCGGGUACACGUCCAACGGGGAGUGGGACCUCGUGGAGGUCCCGGGGGAGAAGACAGAUAAGAAGUACCCGUGCUGUGAGGAGCCAUACCCAGACAUCACCUACACUGUGGUGAUGAGGAGACGUACGCUCUACUACGGACUCAACCUGCUCAUCCCCUGCAUCCUCAUCUCCACCCUGGCCCUGCUCGUGUUCCUGCUGCCCGCCGACUCUGGGGAGAAGAUCUCACUGGGCAUCACGGUGCUGCUGUCCCUCACUGUGUUCAUGCUGCUGGUGGCAGAGAUCAUGCCGGCCACUUCAGACUCCGUGCCUCUCAUAGCUCAGUACUUUGCCACGACUAUGGUGAUCGUGGGUCUGUCAGUGAUUGCCACCGUCCUGGUCCUACAGUAUCACCACCACGAUCCCAACGGAAGCAAGAUGCCCAAGUGGACCCGUGUGUUUCUGUUAAAAUGGUGCGCCUGGUUCCUCCGGAUGAAGCGUCCCGGGGAGGACAAGGUGCGCCCGGCCUGCCCACACAAAGGCGUCCGCUCCAGACUGAGCAGCAUGGAGACCCCCCCUCUGUCCACGGCCUCCCAGAACAGCACCAGUAACAUGCUCUACGUGAGUGUCAGGGGCCUGGACAGCAACCCCCACUCCACAGCCGCCACCUCCCCCGACUCUGGGGUCAUGUGUGGAAGGCUGCUGCGCCCAGGGGAGGAGGAGCUGCUCUUGCCCCCCACUCAAAGCUACCCUGUGGGCAGCGUGGAGCCGGAGCUGGGUAAGAUCCUCGAUGAAGUUCGCUACAUCGCCAAACGCUUCCGGGACCACGACGCAGAGGAGACUGUGUGCAAUGAGUGGAAGUUUGCGGCAUGUGUGAUCGAUCGCCUCUGCCUCAUGGCCUUCUCCAUCUUCACCAUCCUCUGCACCAUCGGGAUCCUCAUGUCCGCGCCCAACUUUGUGGAGGCCAUUUCCAAAGACUUUUUCAGUAAUUAAAUGGGGGUAAUGAUUUAUAGAACAGUCAGUGUUCAACAUUUGGACUCUCGGUGAAGCUGCAAUGCUGCUGGUUCCCAAAAGCACUUACGCUAAUUGAAAUGUUUUGGUCAAAAUGAUGUGUUCAGAUAUUACAACGUGAUGGGAUACAAUUGUAAACAGCUCUAAAUGUCUAAAAUAUAUGUAUUUGUCUGAAUCUUUGCAGCUGGACAUUUCAAACUCAUUCCACUCUUACAAGAAUUGUGAUAAGCAGACACGUGCUUGUGUCUGCUGUAGUUAUAAUCUGUGACACCCAUGAAUCAUUAUGUUAUAAAUGGGACAUUUUCAAUCACAAUAUUCAUCUAAAAUAACUUAAUAAAAGAAACACGUUUGACUGCUGCAUUAGAAAAUGUGAUGCCCAAUGGGAGAUGUCACACUAAACUUGAUGAAAACACAGAGCUGUGCAGCUGUCACCGCGUCCUGUGGAAAGCUGAACAUCAGAUUAGCGAGCUACAGAUUUUUUUUCAUUUGUGCCAUAACGAUUAUUUGAUGUUACCAAAUCCUGCGUGUAUUAACGAUUAAGUGGGUGUUUGCAAGUGGAGGUGAAAACGGGGCGUCUUUAAACUAAGUGACUGAAGAUGACUCAAACAUGCACGAAUCACUCCAGACAUAACUUCAGGUGAGUAACUGGUGAAGGGAACAACUAUAACAUAGUUAAAAGCUCUGAAAGUUGAUUUUGCAUCAAAUAUAUACCAGUAUAGUCUGUUGUAAUGGGCUAAACUCUAGAGUUAGCUGGUUUUAUUCAUAGACUGUAUAGAGACUAUUGGAAAGUAUAUUCCCAGUAGUGUGUAUGUGAAUUAACAGUUCUAAUAAUGCAAAAUACAUUUUUGGUUAAAUUAUGAUUAGUUAUUCAGCCCUAACUUACCUUGUUUUAAUCAAAGGACUGAUUUAUCUUGUUUUCAGUGUCAUAUUAAUGUAACCAUUAUGUGUUUUGCCUGCGAUCCAGAAUACACACUUCUUCAAUACUUUAUGAAGACGUGAGUCUGGUCACCAGUGAAUCUCAGAUGUGCAGAUGGGUAAGAUUGACAGGUGGAUUAGCCAGUUGGGGACAUGCGUGCUUCAUCGUAUCAAACAUGAACCUUCUGUUUACUAGGAAAAAAGAAAAGAAAAAAAAAAUUAAUUACACAAUAAAAUGAUUGUGAUUUUUGCAGAAUCAAAGAGUGGAGCACUAAACUCUGUUCAUCUGACAUGAGAGAAAUGUGAUUUUAUUUGUAUUUGACCAAUGAUCUUAAUUUCAAAUGCAUCACUUCAAAAAACAAUUUUAUUGGACAGUCACGUUUGGUUCUGACUUGAGAGCCCUGGUGAUCAGACUGAUAUACCUGUGUAUAAAAAAUACACAGAGUUAUUCUGGAUUUGACAGACAAAUCAUAAGUAAUAACCAUUAUACCAUAAUAGCAUAUGGUUAUCCUUGUAGUAGAUAUGACUUUUAUUAGCAAAUGUAUAACAGAAUAUGUAACAUGAAUAUUAA